AUGGCAGCUGACCGCACAAACCACACGGACUGCACGGACCCCACGCCUGAACAUGGCCACAACGGCCACAACUUGGAGGUCGACUUUCGUGCGACUCCGUCCACCAGAAGCUUGACCUGGCAAGUGCCCGAGAGUCUUGUUCGCGGAAUUCCAUUUCGGUGCCUCUUGGCGGGAGGUGGACGACCUUUUCGGACGAAAUCCGACUCUGCCAAAACUUUAGCAAAACAAUUGAAACCCUGUGUUACAUAUGAUGCGUUUAUUAGCCAUGACUGGCAAACCUCUGGUUGGCUGAAGUAUGCAUCUCUCUUGUUGCUCUUCAACUCGCAAACUGCCGCCAUUGUGACCCUAGUUGUGAGC